UUUUUCGUAAUUUACUUCCUUUAUUUUAAGCUUAGAAUAAAUUUAAAAGUGGAAAAAUUGUAUGUAAUUGUCUUGGAUGAGACUUGAACUCACGAUUUGAAAUUUAUUCUAAGCUUAAUAGCAUCGUUCGCAGACGUUUCUGCUUCUUAAAAAUAAUUUCCUUUAUUUUCAUAGAUAAUUCUGUUACUUAGUCCCAAAGAUCUAAUUUGUUAUACACCAAUAAAUAAUUCAAGCAAAAAAAAAUCUUAGCUUAUAAAAUACUUUAAAAUGAUAAGUACUCGACCAAAAUCCCCGACGCGAGCUGAAGCCAUCGCUAUAGCUCUGAGGCCACAGCCUGUCUUCAGUAAUGGGGUUCUGUUAGGCAACUGGGUAGAAGACAGAAUAGAAUGUCCCAAGCAAGGCACCUUAUACUUCCCACCUAAAGAAGAAAUCGACUAUGAAAAGUUGAAACCAGAAUCCCGACAACCUGAGUUCAGAUUAAAUAAACUUAACGGUUUGCGGGGCAAUGUGGAAGUAGUGUACCGUCACGACAGCCACGAGGACUGUGGCAACUUCACGACGACCAACGACCUCGUGUACAACCACCAGCCGAAGCCUCUAUGCGGGCCCGUGCAGCGGUACUACCGGCGCUGCAAGCACCAGUGGUACCCGCAGCCGGACAAUAUGGAGUGCUUUGGUAACAAAACCGAAUGGGGUCUAAAAAGGUUCAAAGAGCAUGAGUGGGCCUGCACUGAUGUAUCUGAUUACGCGUCCUCGCUGUACGAUGACUCCUAUUUACCACCGCGGCCUCAUCAGUACCUACAGAGGUGUGAGCGGAAGGCCAGGAAUUCGAACUUUACAAAAGGUUUCCGAUUUUCAAUGACAAAACCAUUGGCUAAACCAAAACAAAAAAAACAAUGAUAACAUCAAGAAUCAUUUCUUUCUCAUCUUAGAAAAUUACUAGUCUUUUAAAAUAUCACAUUUUGUUCAAG